GCCGCCUCCACGAUCCUGGACGAUGAUAUUAGCAGAGCCGCUAGAAGCUCGGUUCCCUUUUUUUUGCUUUCUUUCUCUUUUCUUUUGCUCUUUUGCUUUCGUAUUUUGAUUUUUUUUUCUUUCUUUGGUCUUUUCCCCCGGUCACCUUCCCCAGUCUGAGUUUUUUCGAUACACAUAUCUCCUCUUCGAUAUUGCGUCAGGGAAACGUCGAUGCGAACUACCUAUACAUACUUGAUCGGGUGCCGAAAGAUCUCCAGAUUGCACCGGGGGAUCACCGCGUAGACUUGUCUUUCUCCGGCGUGAACGAACGAUGACGGCCAUACUGAUCCUCGGUCUCAUUGCCCCUCUGCUCGCAUGGGCCGCUAACGAUACAGCUACAAUCACUCCUCUGACAACUAGCGAGCAGGCGUGGUGGUACAACACGGAGGAAACUACCUGGCAGGUAAUCACCUGUAACCAUAAAGGCGAAACCUAUGUCUCCAGGGACGGAUAUGGCAGAUGCUGUGAGGACAUCAACGCGGACUGUGACAUAAUAACAUCCUGUUCCAAAAAGGCGACUGUCCUCUACGACAACGACUCAACCUCCACCUGCAAACCGGGAAGUACAUGCGUCUAUCUGACAGUCAGCGAGUCCCCAUCGGCGACCGAACCCCAUAUUGUCGACAUCUUCUGUGAACCAACGAAUGAUAAUUGGCCCGAUGUGACCUACCACGCUUACCGCGCGCCUUUCGCCCAGGCUACCCCCGGCUCCUCCGUGCCCUCGUCCAUACCUACACCGACAUCCCGCGAUCCCAAAUCACCUUCCGACGACGAGGGGUCAAACCGGGCCUGGAUCGCGGGCGCUGUGGUCGGCCCCGUCGUGGGAUGUGCCCUCGUCGGCUUCCUGGGUUUUUGGCUCGCCCGGAGAAAGCAUGCCAAUAAACAGCAACCCGUCGAUGCAGGUGCCACUACCCAGCCCUCCGCAUCGCAGUAUGACCCGCAAACGGGACCGCGGGAGCUAGACAGUAAAGGCUUCCCCGCGGAACUACCUCAACCGUACGAGAGAGUCGAAAUGCAAGGGUCUACUGGGCCUCCUCCGACGGAGCUCAUGGGGUCUGAACCGAGUCAUCGAUGACCGUACCUCAUUUGAUAGUUACGUUUCACUUCUGCCCAUCAUUUUUACGCGCGAUACUCAAUUAUGAGUUGGAAAAUGCACAAACCGGCCGCCAAAUUACAACCGGGAUUAUGCACAUAGCGAAUCUUUUUUUUUGUCCCAUUCUUCUCUAUUUUAUUCAUUGUUAUUUUAUGAUGUCUUUCAAAGGUGAGGACGGAAUGAAAAACCUAAUACUGUAUAUAGUUUGAUUAUACCCGGAGUACAAGAUGAGCUCUCUCUUCUUGCUACAAAAAAGUGUUAGUCACUUGCGCUUUCAUGGCGUAGAGAGAAGUAUACAGUGAUUGCAAGAGUGGGGCGCUGACAUGGUAC